AUGAAUUCUGUGACGGAUAGCCAAGCAAAGGAAAAUGGUAGAAUGAACAAUUCAAUUGUAUCUGCUAGUGAUGUUUUUGACCCUGCGGUAAAUAGUAAUUCCAAGCAGCGAGCAUCUUUGGCGGAAUGGUUAAACAGUAUUCUUCCUAAUUUAAAUUUGCCAAAAAAUGCUUCAGAAGAAGAACUGAGAGCUUGCUUGAUUGAUGGUACUGUUCUGUGUCAAAUUUUGAACAAGCUGAGACCAGGGUCUGUCAUUGAGUAUGGUGGUUCUGAUUCGCGCUCCGAAAAUGUUAAAGCGUUUCUGGCAGCUAUGGAUAAAAUGAGGUUGCCCAGGUUUAAAGCAUCAGACAUAGAGAAGGGUCCAAUAAAAAAUAUUUUGGAGUGCCUUCUAACGCUUAGAACACGCCUUAUGCCAAAUAUGGGGGGAUAUAAUCUUCUGAACACUAGUGCAGCCAAUAAAACUGGAAGUGAUGCUAGUGGGAGGUGGAAACUCGUAGGAGAGCGCAUUGGAAGCACUUAUGGUUCUCAAAAGGGCGUAUCAGACUCAAAAUUCCAAAGUCCUGUCAUGGCAGAGACAUCGGCUGCAUUAAUACAUCAUGUUGGACAUAAGUUUCAUGAAGUGUUUCAGCUGAAACAAGGAAGCUAUGCAGAUCUUCCUGCGGCAAAGAUUUCAGAAAUGAUGAAAUCAAACAGUUUGGAUACUGCCCCAACUCAGUCUCUUUUGAGUGUUGUGAAUGGAAUUCUAGACGAAAGCAUCGAAAGGAAUAAUGGGGAAAUACCUCAUCGUGUGGCAUGCCUAUUGAGAAAAGUUGUGCAGGAGAUUGAGCGGCGCAUAUCUACUCAAGCAGAGCAUUUGAGAACUCAAAGCAAUCUUUUCAAGACUCGGGAGGAGAAAUACCAAUCGAGAAUCAGAGUACUCGAAGCCCUUGCAAGUGGGACUUGUGAUGAGACACAGUUUGUUGUGGACCAGCUCCAGCAAAUAAAGACAGAGAAGACAAAAAUGGAAGAAAAAAAGAAAGUUGAGGAUCAGGACGUGGUUAGAUUGAUGGAAGAGAAGGAUAACAGCACUCGUGAAAUUUCGGCGCUGAAGCAAGAACUGGAAAUGGCUAGAAAAACAUAUGAACAGCGCUUCUCACGAGUGGAAACAGAAGCUAAGGGAACCCAUGAAGAGCUUGAGGAGAGGUUGAAGGAAGCUGGGCAUCAUCUAACAGAAUCUAGGAAUAGGAUUAAAGAGCUUGAGACAUAUUCUGAGUCAAAAUGUCAGCAGUGGAACAAGAAAGAGAAUAUCUACCAAAUAUUUACAGAAUUUCAGCUUGGUGCACUGCGGGAGCUGAAGUUUGCUUCUCAGUCGAUCAAGCAAGAGAUUUUGAAAACACAAAGGAGCUAUUCAGAGGAAUUCAAUCACUUAGAGACAAAGAUUAAGGCUUUAGCAGGUGAAUCAGAAAACUAUCAUGCAGUCCUUGCUGAAAAUAGGAAGAUGUAUAAUGAGCUUCAAGAUUUAAAAGGAAACAUUAGAGUUUAUUGUCGGAUAAGGCCAUUUCUUCCUGGACAGACGGGGAAGCAGACAACUAUAGAAUAUAUUGGUGAAAAUGGGGAGCUGGUUGUGGUUAACCCCUCCAUAAAUGGAAAAGAUGGUCAUCGGUCAUUCAAGUUUAAUAAGGUCUAUGGUCCAGCCGCAACUCAAGUGAACGUAUUUUCUGAUACCCAACCCUUGAUACGAUCUGUUCUGGAUGGAUACAAUGUAUGCAUAUUUGCUUAUGGUCAAACAGGUUCAGGAAAAACCUACACAAUGACUGGCCCUGAAGGAGCAUCUGAAGAGGAAUGGGGGGUCAAUUAUCGAGCUCUAAAUGACCUUUUCCAUAUUUCUGAAAGUAGGAGAAACGUCUUCACAUUUGACAUUCGGGUUCAAAUGAUUGAGAUAUACAACGAACAAGUGCGCGAUUUACUAUCAAGUGAUACUUCUCAGAAAAGACUUGGGAUUUUGUCUACCUCCCAACCCAAUGGGUUAGCAGUCCCUGAUGCUAGCAUGCACUCUGUCAAAUCAACCUCAGAUGUAUUGGAAUUAAUAGGGAUUGGACAGAGGAAUAGAGCUAAGGGUGCCACUGCCUUGAAUGAGAGAAGUAGUAGAUCACACAGUGUUGUCACUGUUCAUGUUCGUGGGACUGAUCUCAAAAGUGGUGCUUCUUUGCGUGGUAGUCUUCAUUUGGUAGAUCUUGCAGGAAGUGAAAGAGUAGAUCGCUCUGAAGUGACUGGAGAUAGACUUAAGGAAGCACAACAUAUAAACAAAUCUUUAUCCGCACUUGGAGAUGUCAUCUUUGCUUUGGCGCAAAAGAGCGCUCAUGUUCCAUACAGAAACAGCAAGCUUACUCAAGUCCUUCAAAGUUCUCUAGGUGGCCAAGCAAAGACCCUUAUGUUUGUGCAGCUUAAUCCUGAUGCAAGUUCGUAUUCUGAAACUGUAAGUACCUUGAAGUUUGCGGAGAGGGUCUCUGGAGUCGAGCUAGGUGCUGCAAAGAGCAGCAAAGAGGGCAGGGAUGUUAGAGAAUUAAUGGAACAGAUGGCAUCUCUCAAAGAUACAAUUGGAAAGAAAGAUGAGGAAAUUGAGCGGUUGCAACUGCUUAAAGAUCCAAAAAAUGUGAGUGUCCACAGUGACAAGCGAGUUAGAAGCUCAUUGAGGAAUAGCUCUUCCUCAUCAAGCAAAAAUUCCCCAGGUAGAACUCCUCUGCAAAAUUUAAAAUUGUCUAAAGGGAAAGGUUCUGAGAAACCAGCUUCUGAUCACGAGAACAGCUUAGAGAAUAGUGAUAAGCAUUCUGAAUCUAGUUCCCAGCAGGCAGCGGAUGACGUUAAACACCAAAAGGAAUCCCACCAGCAAUCAAAACCUUGCGGAAGCGACAUAGGUCAGAAUUUUUCUGCAGAUGCUGAGAUCUUAGGAUUCAGUGAUGCAGAAUAUGAGAGAAUAAGUGAUGUAUCUGAUGAUCGUCUUUCUAUGGGAACAGAAACUGAUGGCUCUGCAGAAUCCAGUCCUUUCCCUGAAGGAACAAAAUCAUCAGAGACCAAAGACAAGCCGAAAUCAGCGAUUAGAAUUCAUCGACCCCCAAGAAAAUUACCAAAGGACCCCUCAAAUGAGUCAACUGGUUUGAGAAAGUCUUCUAGUGGGGGCAAUUUGUCAGCUAAGCCUCCCAAAAGGUGGCUUUAGAAGGAAGUAAUUGCAAUUUUUUUCCCCCCUUUUGCAGUUUGUUCACUGAUUUUGCUCUAACAUGUUUAUAUUAUGUAUAUAUACAUAAAUAUAUAUAUGUAUAUACUAUACACACACAUAUAUACAUGUAUAUAUGUAUUUUAACUGUACUGAGGUUCCUCAGCUCUCUGAACCUGUUUUUUACCCUUUUUGUUUGGUUCCCAUGCCAGGCAUUUUUGUAUUAUUUGGUGUUUAUUGACGAAAUUUGUGUUUGUAAUAUUUAUAUUAAUUCUUGAAAAUAGAUAAUAGAAUACAUCUUUUACAAUGCAUUCAAUAUGCAAAAGGCCAAACCAGGAUUUUGAACUUGUUUCACCAUUCAAUCCACCAAUCAUCUUUUGUUUUAUUUGUGCUGAACAGUGACACCAGGUGAAGUGUUUUAUCAAGCUUUUGGUUUAGUGGUCUUUCCUUCUCAUUCCAAAGGCAACAUUAAGAGUUCAAGUUCUCUUAUGAACA